CGCGCACGAGUAAGACCAAAGAACCGCACACUGCCUGCAUUUACUCGAUCAGCAUAGUGAGAUCAUAACGCAACGUUUUUACUUUACGUUCUAAUAUUAAACUUCGUGUAUAUCAAACAUUUUUAUUUGUUGAAAAAUAUAUCUAUCAGUGUUUUUUUUUAUUUUGUUCAGAUUACCAUUCUACUAUUUGAAAACCAACGAGAAUUUCGAAAUAAGUGCUAAGGUUAAGUUUCGUCAUAAUGGACGCAACAAUGGAAAACAAAAUGGGUCUGCCACCACCUUACGAAUCGACGGCACCGUAUCCAGCGCCACCGCCGUCCUACUUCGGUAGUAACCCUCCACCACCAGGGCCGGUGAUUCCCACGGCACCUCCUCGCACCACCGUCAUCACGACUGGUCCAACGAGGCCUGGGAAGCUAGGCCCGGGGCCCACAGGUACCUUGUGUGCAACGUGCAACAAAUCUGUGGUUACCAGAGUUGAAUAUGUGGCGAACAAUCGAACACAUAUCGUCUCCGCUGCUCUUUGUAUAUUAGCUGGAUGUUGCUGCGGCUGCCUGGUGCCUUACUGCAUGACGUCGUGUAAGACGGCAAACCAUUACUGCCCUCAAUGCAAGGCCUUCAUAGGAUCUCACAUGCCUUCGUGAUUUAUUAGUAUUAUAGUGUCAGCUACUUAUAAGAAGAUACGAAUGACGAAAUCUUAGAACAAAGAUAUCACUACUUCAAUCUAUGUGUGAUUUGAAUUAAGACUUUAUUUUAAAUAACUGCUAAGUCUCAACUUCUGCGAUAUAUAUCUUUCAGGGUAAUUAUAUAGGGAAUAUAAUAUAGGAAAAGCUAAGAAAAAAAAAUAUGAGGAAGUUGUCAAUAGUCUUUAAUUGUAUAGGCACUUCUUGUUUAAACGCUACGUUACGCAUAAUAUUAUAAAACGUGUAUAUAAUACUUGAUCAAAUUACAAUUUUAGACAAUAGAUAUUAAUUUAUUGUCUAAAAAAAAUUUGAAGAUCAUAUUAAUGAACCCAAGAGGAGCAGAACCGUGCACAGACGAGACUGGCGAGACGUUCCCAUUUACAAGUCUGUUGAAAGUACAAGUUUAUUUCCGUUUGAAGAUAGUUCUUAUUGCUCAUUGUCGAGCAAAAAAUGUGGUAAGAAGUUUCCUAUUAUUUUACCUACCGACCAAAUAUCUGAACAUUUGAACCAUCUUAGUGUAGUACUUUACAUACACUUGUGUCCAGGUGACAUACAUAUUUUACGAAUUUAUAACAUUUGCCAACGUUUGCUCUCCUAUGAUAAGUCACAAGCUAAGACUCUAAUCAGUUAACGAUAAACCAGACAAAUAUAGGUAUUUCGUAUUCUGUGAUAUUUCAAUCUUCGUUUUAUGUGAUUAAACGUUUAUACGGCUAUAUAAUAAUACGUAUCUACAGAAUGUUAAAAAUAACUAUUUAUUUAUUUUAAUCGUAAUGCUACUCGCAUGCCCUUAAGGAUAAGUUUGUUUUUUUUUUAAAUUUAAUUAUAAUUCUUAAAUCGAAAUUAUUAAAAGAAAUUAUGAUUUUUAAUUUUCAAUACCCGUAGGCAUGUAUUGAAUGCCUCAGAUGACAAAUCAUAUUUUAUCAAUUCUCUUAACUCGAAUGUAUAAUGUUCGUUAUGUUUCAUGUAGGGGAAACUUACUAUACCUACAUACUUAUAAAAAUAUUACUUAAAAACUACAAUCUAGGUACUUUAUGAUAGCAACCUACUAAUGAUUUUUACUUCAAGGUCAGAACGUAAUAUUUCGAAAUUAAUUUUAAAGAAAAUGUAUUUUGGUAGAAUCUUAGGUAUUUUAAGGUCAAUAAAUGGAUUUAUAUACAUGUGAUUGUGUAUUAAUUUGAAGGUAAAAGUAGUUUAAAUAUGUACCUUUAU